AUGGCCACACACGCCCUAUUCGAGUCUGCUUCUGGGUAUGCAGUCUUUGAGAUCAAGUUACAAGAGAAUGUCGGCGCCAUGACGAAGGCUGUCCAGGACUCCAUCGACGAUCUGGCAAAAUUUGGGAAAAUGGUCACUCUGAUCAGCUUUUCGCCGUUCAAGAAUGCUGCACACGCCCUGGAGAAUGCAAACGAUAUCUCAGAAGGGAUCCUGAACGACCACCUGAAAUCGUUGCUGGAACUGAACUUGUCCAGGACGUCCAAAACAUCGACGACAACGUUGGCAAUAUGGGAUCCGGUGCUGGGGUCAUCCAUUAAAGCUGUUCUCAAUAUUGACUGCGACACCUCGGAUACUUCAAAAGACAUCAUUCGCGGUAUUCGACAACAUGCACCCAAGCUCCUCAAAGGCAUGCAAGCGGACGACCUCACCAAAGCACAAUUGGGCCUGGGUCACUCGUACUCGCGCGCGAAGCUGAAAUUCAACGUGAAUCGGAUAGACAACAUGAUCAUACAGGCUAUCGCGUUGCUUGACCAGCUGGACAAGGACGUCAAUCUGUUCUCCAUGCGCAUACGAGAGUGGUACGGCUAUCACUUUCCAGAGCUGGUGAGGAUCGUGCCGGACAACUAUCAGUACGCGCGAGCGGCACAGUUCAUUGGAGCAAAGGAGACGCUAAACGAGGAGAAGUUGCAUGACCUGGCCGCCAUCCUGGACGACGACAUGACACUAGCUCAGAAUGUGCUGGAUGCGGCGAGGGGUUCCAUGGGCUCGACAUUGUCCGAAAUUGAUAUGCUCAAUAUCAACGCAUUCGCAAUCCGUGUGGUCUCGCUGGCGGAAUACAGGAAGUCUCUCAUGUCGUAUCUUUCGGAGAAAAUGAACGUCGUCGCGCCAAGUCUCACCGCAUUGCUGGGAGAGCGGAUCGGCGCGCGGUUAAUCAGUCAUGCGGGUAGCCUGACGAACCUCAGCAAGUACCCCGCGAGCACAGUGCAGAUCUUAGGUGCCGAGAAAGCAUUGUUCCGCGCUUUGAAGACAAAAGGGAAAACGCCAAAGGCAUGUAUGUACGGUCUCAUCUAUCACUCUUCUUUCAUUGGACGCGCAGGACCAAAGUACAAGGGUCGUAUCUCACGUUUCUUGGCGAACAAAUGUUCAAUCGCGUCGCGAAUAGAUUGUUACUCUGACAAGCCGUCUCCGAUGUUCGGAGAGGCGCUCAGGCAGCAAGUGGAAGAGCGCCUGAAUUUCUUUGAAACCGGUGCUUCACCAUCGAAGAACGCUGAUGCUAUUCGGAAAGUGUUGGAUCAGCUUGCGUUAGAUGACGACGAGGAUGACGAGGAAGAGGCGAUGGAUGCCGAACCCGCCUUGCCUCUCAUUGAGGUCACGCCGAAGAAAGAUAAAAAGAAGAAGCGCAAGAGCAGCGACGACGACAUGGAUGUCGACGAGGAAAAUGGGGAGCCUGUGAAAAAGCGCAAACUGUCCAAGGAGGAAAAGAAGGCGCUGAAGAAGGAAAAGAAGAAAGAGAAGAAGGGGGCCGAGGAUAAGGGAUCAACAUCGAAAAAAGAGAAAACGAAGGAGAAAAAAGAAAAGGAGAAAAAGAAGAGUAAAGAGUGA